GUGUCGGACAUCUCAGUUCGCGUUCUCUCGCAACCGAUCUCAAUGUUCGUACAAACAAUGACACUGUUGUAUUCCCCGCAGUCGUUAGGACGAACAGAAAUGUCGACCGUUCGGUACCGUCGUACGACUUUCAAGUAUGUAAACCAGAUUGGUGACGUGACGUCCGUUACGCGAUUGUUAAUCACCACAAAAAUACAAGUCCCGAAAUUGCCGUUUCAUUGGUAUUUCACCUCCGCUUUGCCUCGAUCAUUGUUGGCCACAUCAGCUAUACUUGUAUGUUGGUUGCCAUUUGCGGUGCGUUCGCUGAUUCUAUCCUGCCUUGGUCGGAGGCAGAUGUCGUUCCAUCCGGCUUCCACGGGUUUGGUUCUUGUGGCCUUCGCCUUUGUUUCGCUCUAUUCUUUUCUCCCACACAAGGAACUGCGUUUCAUCAUCUAUGCUGUGCCCAUUUUCAAUCUCGCCGCAGCUGUUAUGUGGGCCUUUUUGUGA